UCGUUCAGCAGCAUCAUGACGAAGAGGAGUCCGUCUUUCCAGCUGGUCAAAAGGAUGCUGAACCAUCACUGCAGAGGGAACCCUGAUCUCCACGAGGAGCUGCAGAUCCAGGCUGCGGUGGCUGCAGGGGACGUGUGCACCGUCAGGAGGAUGUUGGAGCGAGGCUACUCCCCUCAGAUACGAGACGCUAACGGCUGGACUCUGCUGCACUUCUCUGCUGCUAAAGGGAAGGAGCGAUGUGUUCGGGUUUUCCUGGAGCACGGAGCUGACCCCACGGUGAAGGACUUCAUCGGAGGCUUCACGGCUCUUCACUACGCUGCGAUGCACGGCCGGGCUCGCAUCGCCCGCCUCAUGUUGGAGUCAGACUUUCGUGGAGACAUCAUCAAUGCUAAAAGCAACGACGGCUGGACACCGCUUCACGUGGCGGCUCACUAUGGCCGGGACUCCUUUGUUCGCCUCCUCCUGGAGUUCAGGGCCGAGGUGGACCCGCUCAGCGACAAAGGGACCACCCCCCUGCAGCUGGCCAUCAUCCGAGAACGCUCCAGCUGUGUGCGCAUCCUGCUGGACAACAGCGCCAACAUCGACAUUCAGAACGGCUUCCUGCUGCGCUACGCCGUCAUCAAAGGAAACCACUCGUACUGCCGCAUGUUCCUGCAGAGGGGGGCCGACACAAACCUGGGUCGGAUGGAGGACGGGCAGACCCCCCUGCACCUGUCCGCCCUUAGGGACGAUGUGCUCUGCGCCCAGAUGCUCUACAUCUACGGAGCCAACACCAACACCAGGAACUAUGAGGGCCAGACACCCGUAGCUGUUUCUGUUAGCAUGUCUGGAAGCAGCCGGCCAUGUCUGGACUUCCUGCAGGAGGUCACCAGGCAGCCUCGGACUCUUCAGGACUUGUGUCGGAUCAAAAUCCGUCACUGUAUCGGUCUCCAGAGCCUAAAGUUCCUGGAGGACCUUCCUCUGGCCAAGGUCAUGAAAGAUUAUUUAAAACACAAGUUUGACAGUUUGUGAGGAGCAGGAGGACAGCAUCAUCAGACUAUGCAAGCAUUAAUCUGUCCAUCUGCAGACAUCAUUUCUUCACUUUGCCUUAUCAAACACUGGACAAGGUGCUGAGGACCCCAACCGGAUCCAAACACAGUCAGAACCAGAAACUAAAUUAAACUGCAGGCGGUCUUACUAUAGUUCUCACUUUUACAUCAUUUAAUCCCCUCAUGUUGUCCAGGUUCAAACACAAACAUGAGUUCACAACACGUUCAGCAUUAAAGACAGGAUCUGACUGAGACUGUUAGAGACCUGCUGGGACCUUUAGAGACCUGCUGGGACCUUUAGAGACCUGCUGGGACCUUUAGAGACCUGCUGGGACCUUUAGAGACCUGCUGGGACCUUUAGAGACCUGCU